GUCAGGUUUGUACCUGAACUCAUGGUCACAGGACUUGGUGGAGGAGCACUCGUGAGCUCACAGGUUUGGUGCCUGAAGGCUGCUUUGCUCAGACGUGGAAGAUCUCUAGGACCCAUGUGAAGUUAUAUAUGUCAGCACCCAUCUGUAAUCCCAGAACCCACAGCGAGGUGUGGCAGAGACCCUGCCUCAGACAAGGUGUGAGGCUUUGCGAGUCAUGGACCGCUACGUGAUCCAGACAAAUAACAGUGCCAGCCUGCCUUCAGUUCUGGAUGUGCAUGUCAAUAUUGGUGGGAGAAGCUCGGGGCAGGGAAAAAUGAAAGGCAGGAAGGCCAGGUGGAAUGUAAGGCCCUCCGACAUGUCCAAUAACACUUUUAAUCCCAUCCGGGCCAUCGUGGACAACAUGAAGGUGAAGCCCAAUCCAAACAAAACCGUGAUCUCGCUGUCAAUCGGUGACCCUACUGUGUUUGGAAACCUGCCUACAGACCCUGAGGUUACCCAAGCCAUGAAAGAUGCCCUGGACUCAGGGAAAUACAAUGGCUAUGCCCCAUCCAUUGGCUACCUGUCCAGUCGGGAGGAGGUCGCUUCCUAUUAUCACUGUGCUGAGGCUCCCCUGGAAGCUAAGGACGUCAUUCUGACAAGUGGCUGCAGUCAGGCUAUCGAGCUCUGUUUAGCUGUGUUGGCCAAUCCAGGACAAAACAUCCUUAUUCCGAGACCCGGGUUUUCCCUCUAUAGGACUUUGGCUGAAUCUAUGGGGAUUGAGGUCAAGCUCUACAAUCUACUGCCUGAGAAGUCUUGGGAAAUUGACCUAAAACAACUGGAAUCUCUGAUUGAUGACAAGACGGCUUGUCUCGUCGUCAACAACCCCUCAAAUCCCUGUGGUUCCGUGUUCAGUAAGAGGCACCUUCAGAAGAUACUGGCAGUGGCUGAAAGGCAAUGUGUCCCUAUCUUAGCUGAUGAGAUCUAUGGUGACAUGGUGUUUUCCGAUGGCAAAUACGAACCCCUGGCCACCCUCAGCACCAAUGUCCCUAUCCUGUCCUGUGGUGGGUUGGCCAAGCGCUGGCUGGUUCCUGGCUGGAGGUUGGGCUGGAUCCUCAUCCAUGAUCGAAGAGACAUUUUUGGCAACGAGAUUCGAGAUGGGCUGGUGAAGCUGAGCCAGAGGAUCCUGGGGCCGUGCACCAUUGUUCAGGGGGCCCUGAAGAGUAUCCUUCAGCGGACCCCUCAGGAGUUCUACCACGACACUUUAAGCUUCCUUAAGUCGAAUGCAGAACUCUGCUAUGGGGCAUUGGCUGCCAUUCCUGGACUCCAGCCAGUUCGCCCUUCUGGAGCCAUGUACCUUAUGGUUGGAAUUGAGAUGGAACAUUUCCCAGAGUUUGAGAAUGAUGUGGAGUUCACAGAGCGGUUAUUUGCCGAGCAGUCUGUCCACUGCCUCCCAGCGACGUGCUUCGAGUACCCAAAUUUCUUCCGAGUUGUCAUCACGGUCCCCGAGGUGAUGAUGCUGGAGGCUUGUAGCCGGAUCCAGGAGUUCUGUGAACAGCACUACCACUGUGCUGAGGGCAGUCAGGAGGAGUGUGACAAAUGACGUGUGCCCGCACACAUUCUCCUGAAGACGUGCGCCCUCACGCAUCCUCCUGAAGACGUGUGCCCUCACGCAUCCUCCUGAAGAUGCGUCCCAUCCAAAGAGGGCUGCACUGGGCUGUUCCCCCUCAGGGAGUCAGGUGUCCAACCAGUCACAUCCUACACAUACCCGGAACCCCAAAUUCUCCCCUCACUCGACUCUGCUGGAGGGACCCAGGAGUUCAUUGCACGCCCCCCCCCCCUUCCCCAGUUUUAUAGCUUCCUUAUCCUGAGAGCACCGGGCAAGCAGGUUUACCAGAAAGAAGGUGGGACAAGAAAAGUGAGAGGUCAGGAUGGGAGAACCAGGAUGACUCCCACGCUGUCAGGAGCAUCCUCUCCACCGGGGUCCCAGGUCACCUCUGGGGCUGCCUCACUUCAGACUCGCCUAGCACUCUUUGCUGUAGAGCUACACUGGGAGGAAUGUGAGUUCGGUUAAUUGUCUUCUCAGCACCUCAGCACACUAGCAAACUAUUUAAAGGGUCCUUGGCAGAAGGUGUUUCUUUUUUUUUUUUUUUUUGUAAAGAAUUAUUUUGCGGCGCCAAUAAAUGCCAGCUUCCUAACCGAUUGGCUUCCUAAGUUUAGCUUCACUUACAUCAGGUUUUCUCAAAAACAGGAAGACACCUCACUGUGGGAGAAAGAAGGGGUGACAGCGCUCGCCACAGACACUGCUGUGUGCAGGCCGGCACCCUCCUCGGAGCCCUCUUGUAGAGGCGUUGUCACGUCUGCUGUCAUGUGAAUGUUGAUUUAUUAAUAUUUGUUAUAUUAUCUUUUCGUAUAUUUUCUAAGAAACAUUUAUAUUAUUAGAUCUUUUAUUUUGUCAAGGGCAUAAAUUAUUAUUUUCUUUUUUAAAAUAAAUUUUAUCAAGUAUG